AGUGUGGUGGUUGUGGAGGAGGAAGAGGCUGGAGCUGAAGUAGUGAUUGGGGACGCAGGGGGUGAGGCGAUAGGGGGAGAGGAGGAAAGGGAUGGAGAGAGUGUGGAAGAGGAAGAGAGAGAUGAAGGAGUGAUGAUAGGAGCUGCAGACCAGCUUGGAGGUGAAGCAGGAGGAGGAGAAGGAGGAGGAGGUGAAACAGGAGGAGAAGAAGGAGGAGGAGGUGCAGCAAGAGGAGGAGAAGGAGGAGGAGGUGCAGCAGGAGGAGGAGAAGGAGGAGAGGCCGUUGAAGAGGAGACACCAGAAACCAGUCAAGCAGAGAACCAAGAAGUGCUGCUGGACCCAGUUGAAGGCUCCAUGAGAUCCAUACCAGGGAAGUCUCGGGACCCCGCUAGCCCACUCAGCCCCCACCGUCCUCGGGGAGAGACGGAGAGCAACACCAUGGGAGGGGAGGAGAUCCUGGAGGGUGUGGAUCUGGAGUCGAACGACGCCAACAAGAUCAUCACGUUUCAGGACAACCUUUUGAACUUUGACCCUGAUGAGGUCAUUUCUACUCUGGAUAACUUUGUGGAGGACAUUUCUGCCAGGGCCAAUGAGGAGGAGUCAGGAGAGACCAAUAAGGUGGUGGAGGUCACUACAGAAUCAGGCCUGGAAGCCUGGAAGAUAGGAGCCAUCUCUGCUGCUGUGUUUCUGGUGCUGGAGACCAUCGUCAUCAUUGUCUACGUCCUCAAGUGUCGUGACAAAACUAACAGCAGCCCAGCCCCAGCCAGGCUGUGUGAGGAGGGGACACGUACAGCACUGUGUAAUGAAGAGACUCUACCAGCCGGAGAUGGACAAUGCCAACAAAUUGCUGUUCUGGACCCGUGGGACCUGGACCCCUCUCUAACCCAACAGCAGCUGCAGCAGGAGGAGGAGGAGGUAGAAAUUACGGAUCUACAGCUCACCUCCAUGGAGGACCUGACCAACAGACCAGUAGAUCUGUCACAUGAUGUCCAGACUUCAGUUCUAUAGAUCUACACAGUCAGCUGACACUCCUUCCCCCUGUUCCUCCCUUCUCUCCCUCCCCUGUUCCUGUGUCCCUCUCCCCCCGUUCCUGUGUCCCUCUCCCCCCCUUC